CUGGUUAUUGCUGUUUGGAACGUGCUGCUGAAAACCAGACUUAAAAAGGCUUUUCCUGUUAAUGCACAGCUUAUUCUGUCUCUUGUUUCACAGGGAAGAAAAGCUGAUUUAGUAAUUGAAAUGGAUGCAAUACUAAAUUACAGGUCAGAAGAUACUGAAGAUUACUACAUGUUACUGGGAUGUGAUGAACUAUCUUCGGUUGAACAAAUCCUGGCAGAAUUUAAAGCCAGAGCCUUGGAAUGUCACCCUGACAAGCAUCCUGAAAACUCCAAAGCUGUGGAGACUUUUCAGAAACUGCAGAAGGCAAAGGAAAUUCUGACUAAUACAGAGAGUCGUGCCCGGUAUGACCAUUGGCGAAGGAGCCAGAUGUCAAUGCCAUUCCAGCAGUGGGAAGCUUUGAGUGAUUCGGUGAAAACAUCAAUGCACUGGGCUGUCAGAGGUAAAAAAGAUCUGAUGCUAGAAGAAUCUGACCAGGUUCAUACCAACCAGACUGAAAAUGAGGAAUGGAACAAGCAAAGAGAAAUAAAGAAAGAGAAGCUGGGUUCAACCACAGAGAAAAUGGAGCAAAAAGAAUCCAACUCCUUGGAGAAGUCAUUCUCCCCGCAAAAUCUGGAUUCUCCAAUCUUUUCAGAUGUGAACUCUUGGCACCUUCGUUUCCGCUGGUCUGGGGACGCUCCCUCAGAACUCCUGAGGAAAUUCAGAAAUUAUGAAAUAUGAAAAGUGCUCGGUAGGAGAGAGAGAGAGCAAGACCAUCUCCCGUGCUGCCAACAAGUCUUUGAAUCUUAAAAACGUUAUGUUUCUCUGUCAUGUUUGUGAAUUGCUCAGUACCGAUUGAUUCCUCCAUCCUUGAACCCAUUCUAACGAAAUGUGUGUUUUAAAUGAGAACAUUUUCAGACUAGUCUCUUUCAAUAUUUGAAUAGAUUAAGGCUCUUAGAUCCAAAGUAGCUUGUUGUGAAUCUUCCUGUUAAUGUUGUAGAAAAUCUAUUUUAAAAAGAUAUCUCUGUAUUUAAAUAAUUCAUUAAUAUACCACGAUCCCUAUUAGUGCUGUAUGUACAAGAAAUGCUUUCUGACUCUUGGGGCACCUGGGUGGAUCUGUUGGUUAAGCAAACAACUCUUGACUUUGUCUCAGGUCAUGAUCUCAGGGUCGUGGAGUCUGCUUAAGAUUCUCUUUCCCUCUGUCUCUGCCCCUCCCCUGCUCACUCUCUCUCUCAAAAUAAAAUAUAAAUAAAAUUUAUUUUUAAAAAAGGAAAUGUUUUCUGACUCUUGACUUUAAAUGAAAUGUCUAAACUCCACAGAGCGAAAUAAAUAAUUUUCCCAAAAUUCAUGAUGAAUUUAUAAUUCAACAGUAUUUUGAAAAUAAUUUGAUUAGAUAUUUCUAUUUUAAUUUUAAUAAUUGUAAAUUUAAAAGGUUAUUAUUUAUUUGAGGAAAUAUGCUUUACAAGAUUUCUUUUGUUAUACAGCAAGUGAUACAUUUAUAAAUUAUGUUCUAACAAUGUGAAUGGGCCUGUUAGGUGGACAUAUCCUUUUUAGGUUGGGAUUGUUGAUGGUCAUGUGUAGUCUAUGGUUAGUUUUUAGUUUGCAAACAAGUGAAUGAAAAAUUAAGAAGAAAAACAAUUUUACAGUAAACUAGAGCUGUCACUGGUCUGUAGCAAAGUGACAGAAAAAAAAGAAUAUAGGAAGUUUUAAAAAAAAUUUUUUUAAAGUUUAUUUAUUUCGAGAGAAACAGAGACAGCAUGAGUAGGGUAGGGGCAGAGAGAGGAAGACAGAAUCCCACCGCACUGACAGUGCAGAGUCCAACUUGAGGCUUGAACUCACAAAAUCAUGAGAUCAUGACCUGAGCCGAAACCUAGAGUUGGAUGUUUAACUGACUGAGCCACCCAUGUGCCCCAGGAAGUUUUUUUUUUUUAAAUUAAAGCCACAUAAUUCAGAAAUUAUGUCCUUUGUGGUUUAAAAUGUGCUUCCUUUUAUGAAAUAGUAUCAUAGUAGACUGUGUUAGUUUACAAGGGCUGCCAUAACAACAUACCACAGACUGAGUGGC